AAAAUGGCCGCACCCAUCGACAAUAUAUUUCUACGGGAUAAACAUGUCAAGUUUUUCCUACGUUGCCUACAGGUUUUACCUGGGAGGUAUUCUUCGUUAGAUACAAGCAGAAUGACCAUAGCAUUUUUUGCACUUUCUGGACUUGAUAUGUUGAAUGCGCUGGAUGUGAUUGAAAAAGAUAGACAAAGCAUCAUAGAUUGGAUUUACUCUCUUCAGGUUCUCCCAGAUAAAGAAGGCAAUGGCCUUUGUGGCUUUAGAGGUUCGUCCACUUUGGGACAUGCAUUUGAUGUACAAAAGGCGAGUGAGAAGUGUAUACCAUACGAUGGCAGCCAUAUAGCAAUGACAUAUACUGCACUUGCAUCUCUGCUGAUCCUGGGGGACGACCUUGGUCGGGUGGACAGGACUGCUGUGCUAUCUUCUCUGCGGACACUGCAGCUGAAAGAUGGCAGCUACCGGCCUGUGAGUGAGCCCUCAGAGAACGACAUGAGGUUUGUGUACUGUGCAGCGUGCAUCUGCUACAUGCUGGAUGACUGGCAAGGGAUGGACGUGGCCAAGGCUGCCCACUAUAUCAUCAACAGUAUUUCCUACGAGGGAGGUAUAGGACAGGGACCAGACCUGGAGGCUCAUGGUGGCUCAACAUUCUGUGCAGUUGCCUCCCUUCAGCUUAUGGAUCGAUUGCAUGGUGGUCUCUCUGCAAAACAAUCCAAGAAACUCCAAACCUGGUGCUUAAUGCGACAGCAGUCUGGUUUCCAAGGGCGACCAAACAAGCCUGUCGACACAUGUUACUCUUUUUGGGUGGGAGCUACAUUACAGCUACUAGGGGCGUAUCAUUUUGUCGACCGGCCGAGUAACCGGGCAUACCUCAUGGAAACUCAACAGCCUCUUACUGGAGGGUUUUCAAAAUGGCCGAGCCACAGUCCAGAUGCAUUGCACGCCUAUUUUGGUGUUUGCGGCCUCUCAUUGAUGCAGGAACCAGAGGUACUUGCCAUGCAUCCAGCACUCAAUAUCAGCCAGCGCACCGCAGAUCGUCUUGUAGCUAUCCAUAGGAAGUGGAGAGACAGUUCAGUGGAGAGCUAGUCUUUAAUAAUGUCUAAUUUUUCUGUUUCUCGUAUUGUAUCGUUUGUUUUGUACGUGAACUUUGAGUAUAUACUGGUGGUAUCAUGACAAUUGCUUGUCAAUGUUCUUACAAGAUGCUACUGGAAUGUAAGUGUUGUUAACUAGUCUGCAAAUUUUCAUCAGUGCAUACAUUGAUAAGGGCUUUGCCACAAAAAGUUAUUACUCCUCCACAACUAUUUAAAUGAUUAAUGCCUAUUUAUUUCACAAUCAUUAUCAUGUAUAGUUUGUAAAAUAUAUUAAACAAGAAACCGUCGGAGACGGGUGAUGCUCCCCAAAGGUUUUUUUGUCACAAUAUUGCACUAUAUAUUCAGAUAAAAGGAAACGUCUUGAGGGCACAGUAGUUGGGGGGGGGGGCAAGAUUUUUUUAAUAAAAUUUCAAAGGGCAAUAACUCUGUGAAAAAUCAUCCGACCAGAACCUGCUGAUAAUAUGCACAUCUCCUCUUGGUAGUGAAGCUUUCGGUAAAGUUUCAUUGAAUUCCGGUCAUUAGUUACUGAGAAAUAGCCGGGACAAGAAUUGCACUAUAUGUACAGUUAAUGGAAAAUUUCAAAGGGCCAUAACUCUUGUGAAAAAUCAUACGACCAGAACCCGCUGAUUAUAUGCACAUCUCCUCUUGGUAGUGAAGCUUCCCAUAAUGUUUCAUUUAAUUCCGGUCAUUAGUUGCUGAGAAAUAGCCCGUACAAGAAUUGCAAUUUAUGUACAGUUAAUGGAAAAUUUCAAAGGGCCAUAACUCUGUGAAAAAUCAUCCGACCAGAACCUGCUGAUAAUGUGCACAUCUCCUCUUGGUAGUGAAGCUUCCAAUAAAGUUUCAUUGAAUUCCAGUCACUAGUUGCUGAGAAAUAGCCGGACAAAAAUUGUGCACAGAUGGACACACAGAUGGACGGACGAAGCGGCGACUAUAUGCUCUCCCCAAAUUUUUUUAAGGGAGCAUAAAACUGCAUUUACUCUUUUAUAUAGAAUAGUUCAACCACCAGGCCAGAUAGCUCAGUGGGUAGAGCUAUGCACUACAAAUCUGAGUAUCCAUCAUUGGCCUAGGCACUUUAUUGGUCAUAACAUCCUUUCUACAGCCAAUCUCCAUCUUCUUCUUCCUCUGAUGUACUGCAGUUGUCAGUUACUGGCAUAAGUAUGUACCCUAUACUGGUACCCAGCUAUCCCAGAAAAGUGUGCAGUUGUGAUUUACUGGCAUUACUAUGUACAAAUGUACACUUUACUGGUACCCAGCUAUCCCAGGAAAGUGUGCAGUUGUGAUUUACUGGCAUUAGUGUGUACAAAUGUACACUUUACUGGUACCCAGCUAUCCCAGGAAAGUGUGCAGUUGUGAUUUACUGGCAUUAGUAUGUACAAAUGUACACUUAACUGGUACCCAGCUAUCCCAGGAAAGUGUGCAGUUGUGAUUUACUGGCAUUAGUAUGUACACUUUACUGGUACCCAGCUAUCCCAGGAAAGUGUGCAGUUGUGAUUUACUGGCAUUAGUAUGUACAAAUGUACACUUAAUUGGUACCCAGCUAUCCCAGGAAAGUGUGCAGUUGUGAUUUACUGGCAUUAGUAUGUACACUUUACUGGUACCCAGCUAUCCCAGGAAAGUGUGCAGUUGUAAUUUACUGGCAUUAGUAUGUACACUUUACUGGUACCCAGCUAUCCCAGGAGAGUUGUUUAAACUAACCGCCAUGAUAUGACUGCAAUACUGUUGAAAAUGGCAAAAAAUCUCAGGAACACCCAUUUGCAAAACUCCCCAAUGGAACACACAACUUGACUCGCUAGCUGAUGAAUAUUGUCUUUUUAUUUUUGUUAUUAUGCUACAUUGUGAUAAAUGUGUGAAUGUGUCAUGUAAACUAAUAACACUGUAUACCUGUAUCUACAGCAUUUAUUUCUAUUUAUAUAAUAAAAUUGUACAAAAUU